AUGCCGAUCGUCCAAUUUGCGCCCUUCCAAUCGCUCGUGCAGCCCGCGUUCUGGCACGCCCUGACUAAUCUCAAGAUCGACGUCCUGCGCCUUUCCGACGAUGCUGUGCCGGUAAACGCGAACUACGCGAUCGGACGCUCUGUCAAAGACCGCGAGACUGGGAAGGAGAUUGCGCUUGGAUGCAACUUGUCUGUCGGAGACGACGCCUUCGUAGAAAGCCCACAGACGCUCCACAACGCGAUCCUCGCGAAGGGCUCGUUCAAGAACUUCAAUACGAUCGAAGACUUCAAGAACGCGGACAAGACCGCGCUCUUCAAUCAUCUCUCCGACGAGAUCUGGAAGAGCAUAAUUGAGGACAAAUCUACCGCCCACCUUUCACGCUUCCUCCUUAUCACCUUCGCCGACCUCAAGAAGUACAAGUAUUACUACUGGUUUGCAUUCCCCGCGUUCGCGACCAAGCCCGCUUGGGAUAUCGAUGGCGAGUGGACCGGCGCGCAGGAGACCCUCGGGGAGGACGUGCUUUCCGCAGUUCACACACAACUCCACGCCUCCUUCCGCCCCUUCUUCCUCGUGCGCACGCAAGAUGGCAAGACCACUAUCGCGCCCGUGGAGGAGUACGCGACCUUCUUCGCUAACGUCCCUGUAGACCAGCGCACGAUCGGCUUCGUCGACCCCUCCGCGCAGCCACAGAAUCCCGGGUGGCCGCUCAGGAACCUCCUCGCGUACCUCCUCGCGCUGCACCCCGCCGACGUGGCGCAGGGCGUGCGCGUUCUGUGCUGGCGCGAUGUCGAGCUGCCCGCGCCCGGAUCUGCAGGUGGGUGGAGGAGUCGUUUCGGAGUGGUCAAGCAGGGCGCGGGCGAGGCUCCUGCCGCGGCCCCGAUGGCGAAGCCUGCGGCGGUGGGAUGGGAGAAGAACAUCCAGGGGAAGCUCGGCCCGCGCGUUGCGGACCUUGCGCCUAUGAUGGAUCCUGCACGACUUGCGGACCAGGCUGUUGACUUGAACUUGAAGCUGAUGCGGUGGCGUAUUCUGCCCGCGCUCGACCUCGAGAAGGUUGCGAAUACGCGGUGUCUGCUCCUCGGCGCCGGCACGCUUGGGUGCUACGUCGCGCGCACGCUCAUGGGCUGGGGAGUUCGGACGAUCACGUUCGUGGACUCCGCGCGGGUCUCGUUCUCGAACCCCGUACGGCAGCCGCUGUUCGAGUUCGAGGACUGCCUGAACGGCGGCAAGCCCAAAGCCGCGUGCGCCGCCGAGCGGCUGCGCAAGGUCUUCCCCGGGGUCAACGCGACCGGGCACAGCCUCUCGAUCCCGAUGCCCGGGCACCCCGUCCCGCCCGCGUCCGUCGCGCAGACAAAGGCGGACGUCGCGCGGCUCGAGGAGCUCGUCGAUGCGCACGACGCGGUGUUCCUGCUCAUGGACUCGCGCGAGAGCCGCUGGCUGCCGACGGUGCUCGGCGCGGCGAAGGGCAAGAUCGUGCUGAACGCGGCGCUUGGGUUUGAUACGUACCUCGUUAUGCGGCAUGGCGCGCGGACGGAGGAUAAGCAUGGGAAGCGCCUGGGGUGUUAUUACUGCAAUGAUAUCGUUGCGCCGACGGAUACGGGAGCGCUGACGCGCGCGUACGCGGUACAGUCCCUCACAGAUCGGACGCUGGAUCAGAUGUGCACGGUGACGCGCCCGGGGCUGGCGUCGAUCGCGGCGUCGACAGCGGUGGAGCUGUUGGUGUCGAUGUUGCAACAUCCCGACGGCGCUCAUGCGCCUGCGCCGCCCCCGCAGACGAACGGUCAGGAUAGCGCGGCCGCGGCCGCGGCAGCAGCCGAGGCAGAGAGCAUCCUGGGCAUCGUGCCGCACCAGCUGCGCGGGUUCCUGGCGCAGUUCCGGAACGUCCCCAUCGUCGGGCCCGCGUAUACGAAGUGCACCGGGUGCAGCGAGACGGUGCUGUCGGCGUACGAGAAGCAAGGAUUCGAUAUGCUGCUGCGGGCGUUCAAUGAGACGGACUAUUUGCCGGCGUUGACCGGGUUGGAUAAGCUGUAUGAGGAGGCGCAGGCGGCGUUGGAGGCGGACGAUCUGGUGGAUGCGGAGGAGGACGACUUCUGA